AUGUCUCUACCACCGGACCUUCGGGUCCUAUGCCACCAGCUCACUUCACCCAAAAUCUCCUCUGCUCACCUAGCUCAGUCCGCGCAAGUCCUCACCGGCCAUGUUCUCCAAUGCGCCGAUGCGCUAUCAGCUCCCCAGGACAGCAAACUGAGAGACAAUGCAUCUGAGGCUGCUGUUCUGGUUCACAAGCUCAAAACCGCUCUCAAGACUCUUCUAAACGACCGUGACCACCGGCGCAGAUUUACAGGUGUGGUCCUCGUAAAAGCUGUGGUAGAUGUUGGUGGCUGGGAGUGUCUUCGCAGUUCUGAGCCUUGGAAAAAGGACCCAAUUGCGUCCAAAGAGCUGGCUGUGGUGGCACUGGCGAGGAUAUUCACGCAGCUGCAUAGCUACCAGACCCUUGUGAGAGAGAUUGCUACUCCCACGAUUCCUGGAUUCAUUACAGCCUGCCUCCAGCUUCUGAAGCCCUCUUCGCCGGACCAACCGCUUCGUACACCGCUCACAGUAAUUGAAACUAUCCUCACUACUCUGUCUGCGAUAAUACCCCUUUACCCAACUACUUCUCGCCCCUUUGUCUCUCAGAUCCGUACUGCUAUCCGACCGUACCUGGUACCAACUCUAUCGGAUGCGCGCGUCAUCCCAGAGACUCUACAGUCGAGUAGCCGACGGCUCUCUAUAGCCCUGCACUUUACUGCACCAAAGGCCGGCGGCUCUGAUGAAUGGACUGCCCUUCUGUCUGGAACCGUUAAGCAUUUCCAUUCCACAGCUGACCAGGUAUUCCGCGCUGUAAAAGAAACAUGGGAGCCGCCUCUUGGUUAUACAGCGUCCAAAGUCGUCUUUGGGGAAGAGCCCCAGGGCGGAGGCGACUCGGCCGAUAUCCUUCCGAUCUGGUCCGGCGUUACGUCUGGUAGCCAGCGACUUGUUGGCCUGUUGAGAUUCAUGGCAGAAUUCAUUCUCCAACCGACAAAGAGCCAAGUGUCGAUUCCUGUCGGUAUCCUCGUUGACGCUGUCUGUCGUGUGGCCCAGAUCGCGAGACACGUACCUAAAUCACAGACAUGGGAGCAAGCCCUAGAAACUAACCCCGCCGUAUCGAGAGAGGAGAGGGACGAGCUAUGGAGCGCGAUACCACUUAUCCAUGUGGCUGCACUAGAGCUGCUUCUGACUCUCUGCCUACGGCUUCGCGGCAAUUUCGUUCCCGUUGUGCCGGAGGCGCUUGAUUACCUCGUGAGGGUGUUCAAGUCCGGAAUUAGCAACGCUUCGAUACGAUGUAGCAGCUACAGGCUCCUUGCAGAGAUGCUGCCGCUAUGCGGCCCAACAAUGACUAAAGAGACGGUGUCGACACUCGAUCUCAUCAUCAGAGCCUGCUGCCGCGACCUCCAGCAAGAAGCCGGCUACCUCAAACCGGCGGCCCAGCCUACCGCCGAGGCGAAAAAGAACGGGGUCGUCAUGAACGCUGACCUUUUCCUCUCUCAAAAGACCGAUGAGGCGUCUACUUCAUCCCCUCGUCUGGAUCCUCCGCAUCUUUCAGCAGCCGAGAACCUCCUUACUGGUCUACUAUCGCAUCUUCCCCAGCACCAUAUCCGACCAGCCCUUCGCGCUCUUCUCGACCAGACGGCCAUUCUCUCCCACAACAAGGAUGCCAUGAUGGCGAGCGUGCUCAAUCCCUUCCGAAACAAGCAGAGCAAAAUGUACCCUAGCAUCCUCCCCUUCUACUCUCAGCUAUUCCCCGAUGAUCAAGGCCUCGAGGUCCUCCGCAGCAACAUGCGCACAAGCCAACCUUCAGAUAGCUCCUCUUUCUCCGUAUUCAAAGAAGCCCCUUCCGAGGAAGUUUCAGAAGAUCAAGAUGAAGAUGUUGAGAUGGCGGUUGAAGAUACCGUAGCCACGGCAUCCUCUUUCAAAAUGGCCGAUGAGCUCGAGGUAUCACCCCCAUUAGUCGAGGAUACUGCCUUCAAAGCGGUACCCGUCGUCGAUCCCGGUCCUAAGGAGAAUCCGUUUGCACCCAGGAAGCCCGAGGACAUCCCCGCGGCAACGAAGAGAAAGAGCGACGAUGAAGCUGAAGAAAUUAAACCUGUGAAGAAGAUACACCGUGACAUAUCGAUGGAUGAGAAGAUGGAUAAUGCGCCGGCAACUCUUGCCCCUGCGGCGGCAGAGGAUGAUGAUUCGGAUGAUGAGAGUGUACAACUUGUGGCGAGCUUCGAUUCAGAUCCCGAGAUGGACGAGGCAGAGUAA